AUGGCCGCACAAUUCGAAGAGGAAUUGCUGAAUUCUCUUCCCGCCAAGCACGGCCCCAUGCUCAAGCGCCGGGAGAAAGCUAGCGAGCAUUUCGAGGUUGUCAGCUCGAAGAAGCGUCAUACGGCAGCAGUUAGCAGCCGUGAUGGGGGCCGUUGGGAUGUAAUUGGCUCGAAGAUCCGAUACAGGGAUCGCGAGACUUGCCAAGUCAUGGAGGCAUCCGUGAUCGACGCUAGGUCCAGCGUUGUGUGCAAGUCGGAAUACCCUAGCGUGAUGCCUGCCGAUGGGAACGCAGAUAGCUGCAGGGAGUUCUAUAGGAAAUGUGAUGCUAUACUUGCGCUGCCGUCUACGGAUGAUGAAAAGUACAUCAUUCGUUUCAGGGUCUGGCCAAUUCGUGGAGGAUCUCCAAAGCGGCAAGAUUCGCGCAGAUUCUGGGAGGAUCUCGGAGACGUCGUCAUAUUGAAGUACCUCGCGGCGGCGGCUGCCACGCAAUUCAUGAUGGACUUUGAAAUCCGUAAAGCCACCGGUAAUGGUGGGAAGCGUUUUGAAGUUGUCGGCAAGAACAUACAAUAUGAGGAUCGCCGUAUGUCCCAAGUUCGGGAAGCAUCCGUGCUGGACGCCGGUUCCAGCGUUGUACAAGGCGACUACUACCGCAUCCAGAAUAGUGAAGGUCAGCAGAACACGAUUGCGAUGGAAGAGGUGAUAUCGACCGAGUGA